UUCUAUUCAAUUUGAAGUAUUUUAUAGCUGCAUUGCUAUAUAUCUCAUUCUGAAAUUAGCAAUCUAGUGAAGUAUGUACUAGUUGGAAAUUCACUACUAAAUUCCAUGCACAGUUGAGAGUGGUUGUCUUUGAAUGGAAAUAAAGAAAUUGAAAGGACAUGUCCAUAUAGAAAUAUUUCUUUUUUUGUGUCUGGAAGGCUAUUUGACAGACAGAGGAAAUGGCACCUCAUGUGUCAACGAAAGUUUGAAGAUUAAACACAGCGAUUUCAGUAAGUUGGCUAUUUGGGUUAUUUAAUCUCAAAUUUUAGUGUCCUAUAACCAGUCUUAAUCCCGUAAUCUUCAUAUAAACGAUUUAAUUGGCUGACUGAAAAUGUCAUGUGAUAAACUACUAUGUAUAAUGAAACACAUUAUCUCACUUUUUCUUGACAUUUCUUAAAACUUACUUAUUUACGAGUUUAUUCGGAAUGUUUCAUUCAACCAGUACAUGCACAAAUAAAUCACUUCAAUACUUAAUAUCUCCUUCUACGCCCCUGAGCAGAGCUAUGAAAACAGAAAGCACUUAUAAAUGUCUAAGUAGGUAAUUACAUCAUAUGAUCAACGUUAUGAUAUUUAAACUGUGGAUGCUGAAAAUAUUGAUUACUGCAGCUGAAGUCACUUUCAUGAAAAGAUUCUGAACACUAUACACAUCGUUUUGGCUAAUAUGGAUAUUAAACGAAUGAGAUCAGUGCUAGUAUGCGUUACUUGCAUAGUCUUCAUGCCAGGACACGCAUACGAAUUGGAUUCUGAUGUUGUAUAUGAAAUAUUUUCUAGAAUGGAUAAGGUUAUGAAGGAACAUGAAGACCUAAGGCAUAGUUUAGAUGUGGCAGUUCGGAAUAUGAUACAUCAGGCUGACAUAGACGAAAUCAGCAACAAGAUGGAAAAGCAAGCGGACAAAAUAGUCAAGUUAGAAGAAGCCAUCAACAGGGUAGAAAAGCAGGCUGACAGAAUAACGAAUCUAGAAGAAACCACCAACAAGAUUGAAAAAAAAGUGGACAACAAAAUCUCCAGUUUAGAAGAAGCCACCAACAAGAUAAAAAGGCAGGCUGACAGAAUUACGAAAUUAGAAGAAACCGUCAAAAACAUCGAAAACAAGGCUAAUGGAGUAACAAGUAUUGAAAAUGAGGUGCUAAAACAGAACAACCGGAUAGCGAAACUAGAAAAUAGUACCUUGAACAAUGAAAAAGCUAUCUUAGAUGUGACACGUCUUGCAACGGAAAAUGACACGAAAGCUGCCAAGGUAACAGAAUCAUCUAUAAAUGCGAUAAAAGACGACGUUAUGAAGCAGUCUAUUGCGGUUCACAAAAUGGUAUUCGCAGAGAAAAUGUUUUUACGUGGAAUGAAAAAAUCGUAUGACGAGAAACUGUCAAAUUUCACAAACGAUAUGAAAUUGCAAAUGUCAACUUUGAAUGCUUCAGUGGAAUCACAAAUUUCCUCAUUUGACACGAUUUUAAAAGUGACUGAAAAAAAACUUUAAUUGUUGCCCUGAAUGAUUACUCCAGUUACAUAAAUGAUACCUUUUUAAACUUAAAUCAAGAAAUCUUAACAUCUGCUAAUGAAAAUGAACGAAAGCUAGAAACUCUACAAGGAAAAAUGGAUAAAGAAAUGGACCAUCACAUGAAAACUUUGAACGAUGCUAAUGGUGCAAUUCAGCAACUGAAAACCAAAAUUGUGAACGUUGAAUCAAGACAAAAAACGCUUCAAGAGAAAGUAG